GUGGGCUGGCUGCUGGCGGCGGGAGUUGGAAGGUGUUGGUGGCGGCGAUGGGAUAGGGCAACCUUUGUUCAAACUUUAAGAGAGGAGCAGCAGGACGACAGGCAGAGCUCCAGGUGUGUGUCAAACACUCAGAGACAGAACAUCUGGACCGGGCGGCUGAUUCCUCCGGGCCGGAGAAGAGGAGUCGGACCUGGAGAUGUCGGCCCUGAGGACGCUGGUGCUGCUCGGGCUGAGCUGGACGUGUCGCGCGGCGUCUAGUGACCCGUGGGGUCAGUGUCCCGUCAACAGAAAGUGUAAAGACAAGUUUGGAAACGGGUCAUGUGACCGAGAGUGUCUGGAGCCCGAGUGCCUCAGGGACGCCUUCGACUGCCUGAAGGACCGGGGCCACUGCAACCCGGGCCACAUCCAGUACUGCCGCGACCACUACGCCAACAACCACUGCGAGCAGGGCUGCGACAGCGCCCCCUGCGGGUGGGACGGCAGCGACUGCUUCACGCGCCAGAGCCGCGCGUGGGCCCGAGGCACGCUGCUGCUGCACGCGCGCCUCCCGCCGCCCCGCGGGGGGGCCUCCUCCAACAGCUCGCUGCUGUGGGCGCUCAGCAUCCUCCUCCGGUCGCCGCUCGCGCUGCGCGGGGCCGCGCCGCUCGCCGCCGACAGGAACGUGUUCGACCUCGACCCGCAGCAGCUCGCCAGCCUGCUGGCUCAAGGGUCCGCGGCAGACUCCGACGGCUCCCUCCUGUUCCUCCAGGUGGACAACCGGCCGUGCUCCCGCCUGCCCUCCACCUGUUUCCCUCACGCCACCGAGGCGGCGAGCUUCCUGCGGGCCGCCAUGCGGCUGAGGCCCGCCUCCUUCCCCAACCUGCCGGAGCUGAAGGCCGUCGUCGGCAUCAGGGGCGUCAGGGAGGAGCUAGGAGGCAGGGAGGAGGAAACGGGGGAGGAGGAAGUCAAAGAGCCGACCCCGGCGUGGCUCUGGGCCGUGGUCGCCGUGGCGAUCGGCCUGCUGCUGGCGCUGGCUCUGGUGGCGUUCCUGGUGGCGAGGAGGGUGAGGCGGCGGCGGCGGGCGCUGCAGAGGGAAGGCGGCGGCGGCGGCUACCGGGUGAGACACCGGGCCGCGGACAACGACCCCCGGUCCAAAGCGGCCUCGGCGCCGCACGCAGCCAAUCAGGAGCCCCGGGUCAGAUCCAACAGAGAGAAGGAGAAGCUCAGCCUGAGGAAGAAGAAGAAGGCGAAGGAGGCGGAGAAGAAGAGAAGGAGGGAACCGCUGGGGGAGGACGCCAUGCGCAUGAGGCCUCAGAAGAGGGAGCAGGACAUCGGGAGCGACACCGACUUCACCCAGAGCUCGAUGGAGGACGUCAACGCCAUGUGCUCCAGACGCCCGGAGGAGCCCUCCAUCUGCGACCACAGGGGCCCGGAGCAGAAGCAGUGCCGGGCCGGCGCCGCGCAGAACCCCCGCCGGCCCGCUCAGCCGCCCCCUAGAGGAUGGGAGAGGAACGCCAUCCCUCCUCCUCUGCUCAGUCCUCCUCAGCAGUCGGCCGAGUGGUGCGGCCCGGACGGCUCCGUGGUUCUGAUCCGAGCGGUGCGCAGCGGGCUGGACCGGGUGGUGUUGGAGCUGCUGCGAGCGGGAGUACCGGUCAACAACACGGACCAUACCGGGAGGUCCGCCCUGCACUGGGCAUGCUCAGUGAACCACCUGACCCUCACCAGGACCCUGAUCCGCUACGGGGCGGCGGUGGACCUGCAGGACAACAAGGGCGAGACGGCGCUCUUCCUCUCCGCCCUCCACGGUUGCUACGAUACGGCCAGACUCCUCCUCCUCCACGGGGGCAACCUGGAGCUGCACGAUCGCAGAGGGCGCUGUCCGAGCGACGCGGCCCGCGAGGGCGCCCACCACCAGGUCCUGGAGCUGCUGCUGGCUCACCAGGUCCAGCGCGGACCGGUUCCCGCGGACGCCGCCGGUGACGUGCUGUGGGAGGAUCGCGCGCUGACGUACUCGACGUGGGCGGGAUCGCAAGGGAUGCCCGGCAGAAGCGCCUCCUUCUCCGGGAUCAUAGGGCAUCGAGAUAUGACCCCGCCUCCGCAAAACGAUUGGUCGAUAGGCCGAGUGCAGUACCCGUCUCCUCAGAACUGGCGACCGCAGCUCAACCAAUCGGCAACGGCGCUGGUCCCGCCGAGAGUCAUGGGCCGCUCCCCUCGGCCAAUCGGCACCUUGCAGGAGGUGACCUCGGAGGACGAGGAUCGCGAUCGGCACCAGGAAGUGCUCAGAGCCGCGACGCCUCACUUCCUGUCGCCGCAGCCCGCCCCUCGGCAGCGUUCCUUUUCCUGCACCCAGCAUGCAUUGCAGCGCCGCUCCAACGGCCACCAGCCGGAGCCCAAUUACGUCAUCGUGACGGACAGAACGGCCAACGAGCCCGCGGUGGUGGUUUCGCCUCCCGCCCACGCGGAGCGCCCGCCGCUCGCCAGCGGCGACCAUCCCGGUCGGGCGGAGCACGCAGCGGCGACUUCAGAGCAUAAAUCCAGGGGUCAGAGGUCAAACAACACAACUGACUCCACACAAACAGCCUUGUAGGGAGAACCAGGCGUCGGCUGGCCUUCCAUUCGGCCCAAAAGAAGAACAUGUGGAGAUGGAUGAAGAGAUAUAGAGAUAUUAAUUAUUAUUCGAGAAGCAUUUGACAGUUGAUUGUUAGAUUUAUUUGUUCCAAAUUAAAAACCCAGCAAGCCCCUCCCCAGUUUUCACUCAGCCUUGCCUAAAUUAUUCAUAUUAAUAUUAUUAUUGCAUUUGAAUGUCCCUGUUACACAUAAAGCAACAUCUGAAACUGCAACAUCUAUAUGAAUCUUGUUAUUAGAUAUUUUAUUAUGUUCACAUUGUCUUGACGUCGUUUGUACUCUGAUUGUUCCGUGAAUAUUCAAAGAUAAAUUAUUUUUUUAAAAGGAAAUGUGCGUGUGGCUGCACGAAGGUGUCAGAAAUCUGCUGAGUCAUGCAAUAAAGAGACGUUUCUUGCUAAUAAUAGUCAGCGUAAGUGUCACUGUGCAAAAACAAUGUUCAAUGAACACAAAUACCUCAAAACCAUGACAAAUGAAAUGGGCUUUAAGGUUAAGAAAAUGUUGAAAAAUGCAGCCCAAAGGUCACAUUGAGGGUCUUAAUCAAUACAUUAAUACACUACACAUAUAUAACAUGUAUUAGAAAUGAUGGAAAUAAUCCUGUCUAUGUUUCCACUCACCCAAUACACCAAAUACAUUAAACAUAUAUUAUAAAUUAUGAAAAUAAUGCUGUAUAUGUUUUCCCAAUCACAGAAUUAAACUUUAAAAUACACAUAU